AUGCCUAGCGAGGAGAGGAUGAUUAAUCUGGGGUUUGGCAAGAACUCGCGCUUGGACAUCGAGAACUUUCUUGUGACGGAUUGCAGAGCGUACUUCGAUACGGUUGAUGCGGGUGUUGUCAGAGCCAUCGAUUCGGUGGAGCCACUCAACUCUGACGAAGAAUUCGAGCAGGUUGAGGAGGAGGAGGAGGAGGAGGAGGAGGAGGAGGAGGAGGAGGAGGAGGAGGAGGAGGAGGAGGAGGAGGAGGAGGAGGAGGAGGAGGAGGAGGAUGCGGCGGCGGAAGCGGAUGGGGCUGAAGAUGAGGAUGCGGAUGAGGGGGAGGAGGCUGUAGAGGAGGAUGCGGAUGAGGGGCAGGGUUCAUCAAGGGAUAUUGGGGGCGGGCCAGAUGACUCAGACCACAGCUCAGCACUUGAGGUACAAGUGAGGACGGACGGUGCGCAGCUGGGCGCUGUACAGGAUGAUCGGGGAAUGGCGGAGAGUGCACGGAUGGAUCCAGUUACCUAUACCCGCAGAGUACGUGAGACGGCAACACGCAUUGGGGAGUCUAGCCGUGUAGAGGGGAGGCGGAACAACGCGGCGGAGGACAGAAACCUGGACCGAUAUGAGGAUGAUGAGUCCGUUUACAGGAAGGUCAGCUUGUCAAGGGUCAGGCAACGUACGGUGGAGGUAGAUAAUGAGCGAAGAGAGCGAGUGGAGGCAGAGGAUAUGCCUCUGGAAGGGGAGGGGCCAAUGGAGGUAGAAGAGAAGGAGCAGAGGGAGAGGGUUGCGGCAGAGGAGACACGGAAGGAGGAGGACGCGCGGAGGGAGGCUGAAGAGAAGAAGCAGAGGGAGAGGGAGGCGGCAGAGGAGAAACGGAAGGAGGAGGACGCGCGGAGGGAGGCAGAAGAGAAGAAGCAGAGGGAGAGAGAGGCGGCAGAGGAGAAACGGAAGGAGGAGAACACGCGGAGGGAGGCAAAAGAGAAGAAGCAGAGGGAGAGGGAGGCGGCAGAGGAGAAACAAAAGGAGGAGGACGCGCGGAGGGAGGCAGAAGAGAAGAAGCAGAGGGAGAGAGAGGCGGCAGAGGAGACACGGAAGGAGGAGACCGCGCGGAGAGAGGCAGAAGAGAAGAAGCAGAGGGAGAGGGAGGCGGCAGAGGAGAAACGGAAGGAGGAGGACGCGCGGAGGGAGGCCGAAGAGAAGAAGCAGAGGGAGAGAGAGGCGGCAGAGGAGAAACGGAAGGAGGAGAACACGCGGAGGGAGGCAGAAGAGAAGAAGCAGAGGGAGAGAGAGGCGGCAGAGGAGAAACAAAAGGUGGAGGACGCGCGGAGGGAGGCAGAAGAGAAGAAGCAGAGGGAGAGAGAGGCGGCAGAGGAGAAACGGAAGGAGGAGACCACGCGGAGAGAGGCAGAAGAGAAGAAGCAGAGGGAGAGGGAGGCGGCAGAGGAGAAACGGAAGGAGGAGGACGCGCGGAGGGAGGCCGAAGAGAAGAAGCAGAGGGAGAGGGAGGCGGCAGAGGAGACACGGAAGGAGGAGGACGCUCGGAGAGAGGCAGAAGAGAAGAAGCAGAGGGAGAGGGAGGCGGCAGAGGAGAAACGGAAGGAGGAGGACGCGCGGAGAGAGGCAGAAGAGAAGAAGCAGAGGGAGAGAGAGGCGGCAGAGGAGACACGGAAGGAGGAGACCGCGCGGAGAGAGGCAGAAGAGAAGAAGCAGAGGGAGAGGGAGGCGGCAGAGGAGAAACGGAAGGAGGAGGACGCGCGGAGGGAGGCCGAAGAGAAGAAGCAGAGGGAGAGAGAGGCGGCAGAGGAGAAACGGAAGGAGGAGAACACGCGGAGGGAGGCAGAAGAGAAGAAGCAGAGGGAGGGAGAGGCGGCAGAGGAGAAACAAAAGGUGGAGGACGCGCGGAGGGAGGCAGAAGAGAAGAAGCAGAGGGAGAGGGAGGCGGCAGAGGAGAAACGGAAGGAGGAGGACGCGCGGAGGGAGGCCGAAGAGAAGAAGCAGAGGGAGAGGGAGGCGGCAGAGGAGACACGGAAGGAGGAGGACGCUCGGAGAGAGGCAGAAGAGAAGAAGCAGAGGGAGAGGGAGGCGGCAGAGGAGAAACGGAAGGAGGAGGACGCGCGGAGAGAGGCAGAAGAGAAGAAGCAGAGGGAGAGAGAGGCGGCAGAGGAGACACGGAAGGAGGAGACCGCGCGGAGAGAGGCAGAAGAGAAGAAGCAGAGGGAGAGGGAGGCGGCAGAGGAGAAACGGAAGGAGGAGGACGCGCGGAGGGAGGCAGAAGAUAAGAAGCAGAGGGAGAGAGAGGCGGCAGAGGAGACACGGAAGCAGGAGAACACGCGGAUGGAGGCGGAAGAGAAAGAGCAGAGGGAGAGGGAGGCGGCAGAGGAGACACGGAAGGAGAAGGACGCGCGGAGAGAGGCAGAAGAGAAGAAGCAGAGGGAGAGAGAGGCGGCAGAGGAGACACGGAAGGAGGAGACCGCGCGGAGAGAGGCAGAAGAGAAGAAGCAGAGGGAGAGGGAGGCGGCAGAGGAGAAAUGGAAGGAGGAGGACGCACGGAGGGAGGCAGAAGAGAAGAAGCAGAGGGAGAGAGAGGCGGCAGAGGAGACACGGAAGCAGGAGAACACGCGGAUGGAGGCGGAAGAGAAAGAGCAGAGGGAGAGGGAGGCGGCAGAGGAGACACGGAAGGAGGAGGACGCGCGGAGAGAGGCAGAAGAGAAAAUGCAGAGGGAGAGGGAGGCGGCAGAGGAGACACGGAAGGAGGAGGACGCGCGGAGGGAGGCAGAAGAGAAGAAGCAGAGGGAGAGAGAGGCGGCAGAGGAGACACGGAAGCAGGAGAACACGCGGAUGGAGGCGGAAGAGAAAGAGCAGAGGGAGAGGGAGGCGGCAGAGGAGACACGGAAGGAGGAGGACGCGCGGAGAGAGGCAGAAGAGAAAAAGCAGAGGGAGAGGGAGGCGGCAGAGGAGACACGGAAGGAGGAGGACGCGCGGAGGGAGGCAGAAGAGAAGAAGCAGAGGGAGAGAGAGGCGGCAGAGGAGACACGGAAGCAGGAGAACACGCGGAUGGAGGCGGAAGAGAAAGAUGAGGUAAGAGUCGUGGAUGAAAAUGCAGUCGCGGAUGCACCAGAGGCAGUGCGUACGGGAUUGGGAGUGGCCAGUGGGGAUGGCGGCGACGAGGAGCUGUGGCACAGCCAGGUGAGGAGCUUGAGGCGACAUGCGUACCGGAUGGCUGAGGAGAUACAGGCUGUCGAAGGGGCAUUAGGGCGUGAUCAAAGAGACACUGGAGGUGCAAGCCGAGUUAUACUGGACGAGGUUGGGAGGCGGGAAGAGCGGGCGGAGGAGAUGGCGACUCAUCGUGCGACUGCACGUCAAAGGAUUGAGACGCUGCGUCAAGCGGUUGCGAACCAGCAGAGAGAGUUUGAGGCACAAUUGGAAAGAGAGAGGGAGGCGAGGCGGGUAAGACAGGCUGCGGCUAACGAGACGGUGCGAGGACAGCAGAGAGCGGAGGACCCAACAGCAUCGGAGAGGGACCGAGAAUGGGACGAAGCAGAGGCCGCAUUACGUCGUGUAAUGGGGGAAGCAACCCCGAUAAUGGUAGAGACAGCAGAGGGUUUCGUAGAGGAGGGGACGUUUAACUUGACCCCUAUAGAGGUGCUCAGGCGGUUGACGCUAGUCGGGCGGGCAAUGGCAACAGCAUCAUCGGAACAAUCAGCGCGUAUCACCGCAGUAAGCCAGGACUUGCGCAACAUGAUCAACAGCCACGGGGAAUGGCUUGAGCAGUAUUACCGAGAUUCGGUAGACACGCUGCGUGAGUUCGACCUUGCAAAUGCCGUUUGGUUAAACGAGGCUGCAUUGGCGGCCGAGCAGAGAAGGCGGAUUUUUACCCGGCUAGACGGGAUGCAGGAACGAAUUGAGGGUGGGAUGAGGGCUGCAGUACGUCGAGAAAUAGCACCACUGGAGCGGUCGAUAGUGGAGCAACUGAGGGAGGCCGUGGAUUCGGCCUUGGAAGGUUUGCGCCAUUCAGUGGAUGCAGGUUUGCGACAGUCGGCAGAAGACAUCAAGAAUGGCAUCGCGCGGACGGUAGAGGACAGGAUGAGGGAGUUGUUAAGAGCAGAAGCGCGCACCAAGCACCAAACCACUGCAGCACCACCGGAGUCACCAAAUCUUGACGAGGUGGAAGCUGCGCGCGUCGUCAACAGGUGGUUGCAUGGUGUUGGUGAUAGUGUGCUGGUGGAUAGGCAGGCGGAAGGUGAGGGGUGCAGAGCGGCCGGGCAUGGAGCGGUAUUGAAGCCAGCGAGGAGUGAGGGGAACAAGGGGGGAUUGCAUAGUGCGCAGCCUGCGGUGGUCGCUGAGACAAAACGGAAAGCAGCGGUUGCACGGAAGGCGCGGAAAGAGAAGGUGAUGGAGCAGAGGGAGGCGGAAAGAGUCCGGGUAGAGCAGGAGGAUACAACGAAGAGGCGAGCAGAAGCCGCAGAGAGGGCAUCAAAGGAGCGAGAGGAGGGUGAACGGCGCAGGGCAGAGGAAAACGACAGGAGGCGUGCAGAAGAGGCUGAACGGCUGGAGAUGGAGCGAAUAGCCUAUGCCGAACGCAUAAGGGCAGAAGAACUGGAAAAGACACGCACGCGGGAAAGAGCGGACACAGAUAGACGACAGGCAGAAGUGGCGGCAAUGUUGCACAGACAGCUUAUGGAGAAAAGGCUGGCAGAAAGAGAAGCUGCGCUGGCCAGGGUUGCCGAAAAUAGGAGGCGUCUUGAACAAGAGGCGGAGGAGGAGAGGCUGGAGUUGGAACGUCGGCAGAGGCAGAGGGAUGCGGAGAAGAACGCAAUAGAAGCGGAGAGGCAAAAGCUGGCGAGGGAGGUAGAGGAGGAACUGUUGCAGGAGGGGCUGCGGAAUGGGAUAAACAACUUGGAAUUGACAGCUGACAAGACGGUGGAGGGUGUGGGGAGGGUUCCGACAGAGGGAAGGGAGGUGACGUCGAGAGGAACGGAGGUGAAUUUUGUGGAGGGGUCAGCGGGAGAAGACGACGUAGACGGGUAG